AGAGCGAGCCGCGUCCCCCGUCACGCCAACCACCGGUAAGCGAAGUGGGCCUCGCUCUCCUGGGUUAGCAGCCGUAGCCAGAUCCGUUGAAAGGAGUGCAGAGAGGGCUCAUUGCGCUCCCGAACAGACCUGACGUAGAUCCGAAGUGGCCCGCGCCAUCUCAACUAUGAGGGGACACCCGUAGGCGGCGGGACAGGGACGCCGCGAGGAGCCAAUAAAGCUCCGCAACCGGAAGUGUCUUCUGGGAGGGGACGUACCCGGAAGUGUGGCACCUCCCGGGCCGCACCCGGAAGUGUGAUGCCACCACCGCUACGGGGAAGUAAUGGUAUCCGGCCAAUUGAGAUUCGGGGUUAAAACAGGGAUGUGCAGAUGGAGGUCGGAGGAGACACUGCUGCCCCGGCCCCCGGGGGCGCGGAGGACUUGGAGGACACGCAGUUCCCCAGUGAGGAAGCUAGAGAAGGUGGAGGGGUUCACGCGGUCCCGCCGGAUCCCGAAGACGAGGGCCUGGAGGAAACAGGAUCCAAGGACAAGGACCAGCCACCCAGCCCAUCACCACCGCCCCAGUCAGAGGGCCUGUCAAGCACCUCUCGGCUCUGGAGUCCUGCAGCCCCUGAGAAUAGUCCCACACGUAGCCCUGAGAGUAGCUCUGGAGGCCAGGGCGGGGACCCCAGUGAUGAGGAGUGGCGCAGCCAGCGGAAGCAUGUGUUUGUGCUGAGUGAGGCUGGCAAGCCCAUCUACUCGCGGUAUGGUAGUGUGGAGGCGCUGUCGGCUACCAUGGGUGUAAUGACCGCCCUGGUGUCCUUUGUGCAGAGUGCGGGAGAUGCCAUCCGUGCCAUCUACGCUGAGGACCACAAGCUGGUGUUCCUACAACAGGGCCCACUGUUGCUCGUGGCCAUGUCACGGACUUCUCAGUCAGCAGCCCAGCUGCGGGGGGAGCUGCUAGCUGUGCACGCACAGAUCGUGAGCACACUUACACGUGCAAGUGUCGCCCGCAUCUUCGCACACAAGCAGAACUAUGACCUCCGCCGCCUGCUGGCUGGCUCAGAGCGCACACUGGACCGACUUCUGGACAGUAUGGAGCAGGACCCAGGAGCCCUGCUCCUGGGUGCCGUGCGCUGUGUGCCCCUUGCCCGCCCGCUGCGAGACGCACUAGGUGCGCUCCUCCGACGUUGCACAGCGCCUGGCCUGGCGCUGUCAGUGCUGGCAGUAGGCGGUCGACUGAUAACAGCAGCCCAGGAGCGGAAUGUGCUGGCCGAGUGCCGGCUGGACCCAGCUGACCUGCAGUUGCUGCUCGACUGGGUGGGUGCACCAGCCUUUGCGGCGGGUGAGGCUUGGGCACCUGUGUGCCUGCCCCGCUUCAACCCUGAUGGUUUUUUCUAUGCCUACGUGGCCCGCCUGGAUGCUAUGCCUGUCUGCCUGCUGCUGCUUGGCACCCAACGUGAAGCCUUCCAUGCCAUGGCCGCCUGCCGGCGCCUGGUCGAAGAUGGGAUGCAUGCCCUCGGUGCCAUGCGUGCCCUUGGGGAGGCUGCCAGCUUCUCUAAUGCCUCAUCAGCCAGUGCUCCUGCCUACAGCGUGCAGGCUGUCGGGGCGCCGGGCCUCCGGCACUUCCUGUAUAAGCCACUGGACAUCCCUGACCACCACCGCCAACUGCCCCAGUUUACCAGCCCUGAGCUAGAGGCCCCCUACAGCAGAGAGGAGGAGCGGCAGCGGCUGUCGGACCUGUACCACCGCCUGCAUGCUCGUCUCCACAGCACCUCCCGACCCCUGCGCCUCAUUUACCACGUGGCUGAGAAGGAGACACUACUGGCCUGGGUGACCUCCAAAUUCGAGCUCUAUACCUGCCUGAGCCCUCUGGUGACCAAGGCAGGUGCAAUCUUGGUAGUGACCAAACUCCUGCGCUGGGUGAAGAAAGAGGAGGACCGGCUCUUCAUUCGUUACCCACCCAAGUACUCCACACCACCAGCCACCUCUACGGACCAAGCUGCCCAUAAUGGCUUGUUCACUGGACUCUGAUAGUUGGAGCUCCCAGACCAGGCAGUGCUGGGAGCAACCACCUUUGUUUUUUACCUUCUGUCUACCCUGGAAAUGUGUGUGGGGGUGUGUCUGUGGCCAGUCAUUGUCUCCCUAAGCAAUGGGGCAAGGUCUGAGGGCCCGCUGAUGAGAGAGAUGGUGGCAGCCGCCAGGCUAGCAGGCUGCUUUCCCUGCCCGGUCAUGCACCUCCCCCUCUGGGGAAAUCCUUAGGCCUCCCUCUCCCUUCCCUCUGUCUCAUCUCCUCCACUUGGAUGAUGCUCUAGCCUCUGUCAGGGACUGUCCCCUCCAAACUUGCUUCCGUGGUCUGCCUCCUAGUUGAAUCUCAGCCCUGAGUGUCCAGAUCUGGCCAAGGUGUCUAGGGUGGCCCACAGGGGUGCUGGAAUUGGCACUUCAGGGCCAGGCUAUGCUUGGGACUGGCCUGAGGGUAUUUUAAAGAAAAAAACUACAUAAAAGGCCUAAAAGUAAGACCCACAGGGAUAUUCCUUUGCCCUUCUUGUACUUUUUUCAUCUUUACCCUGCCAGAAAUGACCCGCCCUCAAUGCUGGCUGCUGCUAACAUUAAUGAGAAGGUGGCCUUCAGUGUCCACCUGUGGAACCCGGGACACAGCACCUGACUGCACACAGUGGCUGAAAUCCAGCAUUUUUACAUAGGAGAUGCACUUAGCCUCUAAGCCUCAUUUUACUCAUCUGUGGAACAGAGAUAAGUAACCCUCUCUCAUGAACUCUUUGAUGAGGAUUUGUAAACGAAAACAGACUCGAACUAUUGUGUACCACCACAUAGCACAUGCACGUCUGUCCCAGAUUUUGACAACCUGCACAAGACAAGCAGCCUAAAGCAGGAGAGACCUCCCUAGGGUUUUGUAUGUGUGCACACUACCCUCACUCCCCAACUGGCCAUUACCCUAGUUCUGCCCUUGUUUGUGGAGUUACAGCCUCAAGGUUGUAGCAUGUGUGCCGGCAAUCAGGGCCGCAGUGUGUUCUGCGCCUGCCCAGAGCUGACUCCUGAUUUAACCGCGGGCGUAACCGCGGGUUGCACGCAUGCGUGCUGAAAAGCCUUUCACCCUCACGUGGUUUCUUUUUUAACCAGUCAUCAAGCGAGGCUCGCGCGCAGGCCCCGCGUUGGAAAAUGGCGGGGAAGCUGAAACCUCUGAAUGUGGAGGCGCCAGAAGCUGCUGAGGAGGCUGAAGGUAGUGAGGGCAAGUGGGCUGCACUCAUUUCUCUCCAACCAGGGCAGAAAGGAGGGAGGAUUCGUCCCAUUACAAUAAUGAAAUAAUGAUAUUCUAAUUUUUUUAAAUAAAAUGUUAAGCCUUUUGUUAUUGAAGAAAAA